CUGCGCGCUCGCGCGCCCACGCGUCCGCCCGCCCGCCCGCACUCCCGGGAAGUCUCGCGAUGUCGUAGCCGGGUGCUCCCGCUGCGGGUGGCUCUGGCUGUUGCUGUGGUUGCCUGAGUUGCUGCUGCGGCGGCGGCGGCGGCGGCGGCGGCGGCGGCGGCGGUACUGGUGGAGGUGUCGGCCCUUGGGCGGAUGUUGACAUUGUGUUGUUGUUGUUGCUGACGGUAAUGGCGGCGGCGGCGGCGACGGCCGGGACCCCAUCUCCUCUGUAGCCGAAGCCAAGACAAUCCAGAGCGAACUCCGCGGCCUCGGAGCCCGCGGCAGCGACUCCGCUCAGCCUCGGCUGCCUCGCCAGCCCGUAUCCCGGCCGCAGCCCCUGGAGUCAGGCCCCUUCGGGCGGGGGGCCGCGGAGGCUCAGGAUGGCGGAUUUCGACGAGAUCUACGAGGAGGAAGAAGACGAGGAGCGGGCCCUGGAGGAGCAGCUGCUCAAGUACUCGCCGGACCCGGUGGUGGUCCGCGGCUCCGGUCACGUCACCGUAUUUGGACUGAGCAACAAAUUUGAAUCAGAAUUCCCUUCUUCUUUAACUGGAAAAGUAGCUCCUGAAGAAUUUAAAGCCAGCAUCAACAGAGUUAACAGUUGUCUUAAGAAGAACCUUCCUGUUAAUGUACGUUGGCUACUUUGUGGCUGCCUUUGUUGCUGCUGCACAUUAGGUUGCAGUAUGUGGCCAGUUAUUUGCCUCAGUAAAAGAACACGAAGAUCGAUUGAGAAGUUAUUAGAAUGGGAAAACAAUAGGUUAUACCACAAGCUGUGCUUGCACUGGAGACUGAGCAAAAGGAAAUGUGAAACGAAUAACAUGAUGGAAUAUGUCAUCCUCAUAGAAUUUUUACCAAAGACACCGAUUUUUCGACCAGAUUAGCAUUUGCUUUAUUUAUAGAGACUUUCCAAGUAUGUUGUCUUUCCAAUGGUGCCUUGCUUGGUGCUCUCCUGGUGGUGACAUAGCAUUGGUUCUACAGAAUCGUGUGGUGUUUUUUUGUUUUGUUUGUUUGUUUUGUUUUUUAAUAACCGCAUGUUCUAAGUGUGCAUUUUUGUCAAACUUUGCAACAGUUAUUUCAUACAGAUGUUUAAUACUUAAGUUAUUGUGCUCUUUUCUGUUAUGUAUUCUGAUUUUCAAGGAUUACUUUUUUGUAUUAUCAAAAAAAAAAUACAUUUGAACUUAGCAUAAAGAGUGGCCAGCCUUUUUUAUUUUACCACCAAGGUACAUACAAUCCUUUAUUUAUUAAUUCCUUAAUAUAGAAAAAGACCUUUAUAAGGCUCUACUUAUCUACUCUAGCAAGCACACACUUUUUAUUAUUUUUCUUGUUUUUUAAAUUUAUUGUAGUCAUUGUUAUAAAAUAGUAAAUUUUCUUUGAUAGCUUUUUGAACCCUAAUAUAUUCUUUCUCAUACAAUUCCUAAUGCUCUGUUUACAGCAGAAAUACCUGUAACAUUAUGAAGACCUAUUAAAAAGUUUUGAAAGUAUUUCUGUCUUCAAAAGUAGUAAGGCAAGAGUAAAUUAUUUUCAUUAGAAUAGAUAAAUCAAUGAAUGGUAUGCAUGCAUCUAAUGGUUACUAGAGCUCAGGAUCACAAAAUAUAGUAGCAUUACAAUCUGUAUAUUUUUGAUCAAGAUGAUUAAAAUGGCCUUAUUUGUGUUAUUUUUUUAUUGUUUAUCAAAUAUUAUAUACAAAAGUGUAGAGAUACUCCUUUUAAAAAUUUCUAAGGAAAAUAUUUCUCCAGUCUAACCCAAUUGUAGAAUGGAUCUAUGUUUCCAAAAAAGUUUUUGAAAGAAAGCAAAAGUUCUAGCAUUAAAGUAAGCUGAUAUGUAAAUACCCCAUUGAUAUUUAAAGCAGAUGAUUACUAAGAAAGGGAGGACAUAUAUAGUACUGUUUUAAUCUACUAGUUUGCUUUCAGGUCAGUUAUGUAUACUUUUUUGAUUGAGGGUGUGACCUAUAAGUUUGAGUUAGAUCAGUUUUGUUUCUUUAAAAUACAUACAAACAUACUUUUUUUUUUUUUUCUCCUUUCGGUUGUACAUAGCUCCAUGCAUUUUUAAACUCGCUAAAUUUCUGAAAAGCCUAUGUAUAAAUUUUCAUUUUUAUAAACCAGAAAUUAUACAGAUUUUGUGUGUGUCAAGAACUUGUUCCAUACAACUGUGGUAUCGAGCAAUAAUGUGAAUAACUUUUGAAAUUAUAUAAACUAUGCUUAAUUUGUAUUUAGAAUUGGUACCACUCUCUAAUACCCUUUUUCCUUGUAUUAAAUCUUUUAAGUACAAAUUUCAUUAAUUUAUAUACAUGUAUUUUUAAAAAGUAUUUCUUUGUACUUCUCCAAAGUACUGUAAGUCUAUAAAAAUUUGAGUAGUUGAAUGCCGGUAUCUUAUAUCCUAUAUCGAACAUUAGGAACUAUCUUAAAAUCUAGGAUUUUUUUUUUUCUUUUGUUUGAGAUAUUUUUUCAUUGCGCCUCCUCCCCCCAUAAAAGACCAACUUGAAUUUAUAAAACACUUUUUCCUGUGAAAAGCUCAAAGUACAAAGAAUUCAUACUUUUCUCAUUUUUACUUACCUGGUGUCUUGGGUGUGACUAUCACCUUAAAGUAGUGCAAUUAAAAGGCUGUGCCGUUCAUAAACUCUAGUGUUCCUUGGUGGUUUCCCUGUGACAGAGUGUUGCACGGAGAAUGCCAGUUCUGCCUCAGGAUUCAGAAAGAACAGAAAAAUAUGAAGACCAUGUAGACCAUGCAACACAGUUUUCCAAAUCUAAAAUUUUAUAAAUUUGUAGAGCAUUGUAUUAAUCAGUUUUAUAGGAAGAACCAUGACUAUUUAGGCAUAAUUUUUUUCUCCUAUUAUUCUUCUAUAAUGUAAUAUAUAAUAUAAUGUAAUUUUAACACUAUUAUGUUCCCAUAAGAAUAUUUUAACAGUCAGGUAGUUUUCAUGCUUGAUAAUGUUAAGGAUAGGAUUUUUAAAAGCUUUUCUAAUUUUAUUGAGAAGUAUGUCAGUUGCUUAAAGAUUCCCUAGAAAUGGGCACUCUUACAAUUCUAAUGAAUUUAUAAAAAAGAGCUAUCUACGGUGCUUAACAAGUGGCAUUACCAUAAGCCAAUUAUGCUUUGAGCAGUUAGUUUUCCUUGCUUGGGUUUUCAUUAUCAGCCCCCAGUGUAAGGCCUCUGGUUAUCCUUUCUUGAAUCAGGAAUUUAAGUGCCCAUGUUAUAAGAAAUUAGAAAUGUCGGAGAUGGCUAUGUGUUAUUUGAACAUUAGUCCAAAGGAAAUGUUUAAAAUAAAUGAUGACUGUUCUUCAGUUUCUGUUUGUGAGAUAUGAACCAUAGUACUUGGCCAGGAAAAGGUAUUAUUGGCAGAAAAUUAGUAUAGAUUUUAUGUAGGCUAAGUGAAUAACUCAUGAUCUUUGUUCAUAUGAUUACUAGCAUUUUAUAAUUAGUCCAGCAUUCCUGUGUACAAACAUUCCUUUAUCAAAUAAUGUACUUUGCAAACCAUACUAUAUUUUAGUACAUGACUAUUUUAUACCUAAGUUAAAAUAUAUACCCCAAAACCUUAUACUAUAUACUGUAGUAAAACUGAAGUGACACAUUCAGCUUUUAAGGUAGAUAGGCCCUCUCUCACAAGAAAGUUACCUUCCUUAUAUAAAAUGAUCUUCAGAUGCUUUAUUAGUACACUCUUUAAUGACUAGAUUUCAUCCAUUUAAAACAUAAACAUGUGGACUUCCUGUCAUGGCUCAGUGGUAAUGAACCCAAGUAGGAUCUAUGAGGACAUGGGUUCAAUCCCUGGCCUCGCUCAGUGGGUUAAGGAUCCAGCUUUGCAGUGAGCUGUGGUGUACUUUGCAGAAGCGGCUUAUCCCUCGUUCCUGUGGCUGUGUAGGCUGGCAGCUGUAGCUCUGAUUCAGCCCCUAGCCUGGGAACUUCCAUAUGCCAUGGGUGUGGCCCUAAAAAAGUAAAAACAAAACAAAAUGUAAACAUGUAUUUGGGCCUAAAAUCAAGAAGUGUUCAAACAAUGAAUAGUAGGAAUCAACAAUUCCUUUUCUUACUAGAGAAACCAGUUUUGUAAUUGAAUAAUUUUAAAUUAGGAAAAACCACAACUUUCUCCAUGGUUGUAUUUUCAGUGUUACUUGUAGAGAGCUUCUGAUUGCUUCUUUGUAUCAGCAGACACAGGGCAACCAUAUAAAACCUUGACAACAUUCCACAUCAAUCUUUGGUUAUAAAAAAUGAUAUUAAAUAGUAACAUGUACAGUUAGUUGAAUCCAUAGUUGCAUGAGUUCAGACUCUACUAGUUUUAGUUAAUAUUCUGUACAUAUAGACUAUUUCAACUUUUAUGGUAUUUUCUUCGCAGUUAUAACCAUUAGUUGCUUACCUGAUGUUUCACUGUAAAUAUUUGCUUUGGCUCUACUGUUGGUCAGAAGUACAUAGAGUUUAAAAUUGUCUUUGACUAAAUUUCAGCAUCUAGUCCUGGACUCUCUUUCCUUCUCCUAUCGCACUGAAGUGCUGUGGGUCCUUUUGCUGCCCUCUUGAUGUCCAGAGUCUUCACCUAGCAUGGACAUAGUUCAGAAUUGCCUUUGUGUCUUCCUUCCCCUAAGCUACCAGUAAGAAUGUUAAUUUUUUUGCACUCUUAGCUAAGUGUUUAGAAGGACAAUUAAAGCAAGUCAGUCACAUUAAAUGAUAAAUGGCUGAAUUCUGCUACUUACAUUUUUAUUUUUAUUUUUUUAUUUUUUGGUCUUUUUGCUAUUUCUUUGGGCCACUCCCACGGCAUAUGGAGGUUCCCGGGCUAGGGGUCGAUUCGGAGCUGUAGCCACUGGCCUACGCCAGAGCCACAGCAACGCGGGAUCCGAGCCUCGCGUCUGCAACCUACACCACAGCUCACAGCAACGCCAGAUCGUUAACUCACUGAGCAAGGGCAGGGACCGAACCCGCAACCUCAUGGUUCCUAGUCGGAUUCGUUAACCACUGCGCCACAAUGGGAACUCCUUACUUACAUUUUUAAAAGGGACUUUCUUAACGUAAAUUUCCAAUUAGUGCAGUGGUACAAUUGGUAUUUUCCUUUUCAGCAGACCCUAUCGAUAAGUCUAGACCUUCGAGGAAGGGAGUAAUAGAAUGGUUGCAUAUGGGGCUUCUCAAGCCACUAUUUCUGAAGAAAGCUGAUUUAUGUUUCAUAUCAGGGCGGAAAGAAUAGGCUCAAGAUCAAUCCCAAACCAAACUGUUAGUUAUCCCGUAAUAGUUUGUGUUUAAGUAAAUACCCUUUUAAAAAAAAAUAAAACAACUCUUAAUUUUCUGUAGAUAAAAUAGCCAACUUUGGGUUGUGUUUAGGAACAUACCUUUUAUAUAAAUCGAGAUUUGAAGAUUUGUUUUUAAAUUUUAAAUUAUCUUUUCUGUACUUUUACAAAGAUUUUUAGAUGAUAAUUUUAGAGAAUCAUAAAGAUAUUGUUUAUAUUAUUAAUCAUAAUUCUGUUUACUUGUUUCUGUUCUAGGAAGCAAUACUUAUCCCUACCCCCACCACAACCCCAUGGUAAAUUAAAACAACAGAGAUGGUUUAUAGCCUUAAUAAACAGUUCUGAAAAUAGAAAUUCAGAUUGCUAAUCCUGAUUUUGAAUUAAGAUAAUCAAAUUGUUGGCCUCUUUGCUUUUCAUUUCUAUGAAAGGAUGAUACUGUGACUACCUCAUAUUUUUUAAUUAUGUUGCUGUUAUUUAUUAAUCCUAUAUGGAAGUAAGUAGCUAGAUGUUUAAUAGUAAUGAUUGAAUAGCUUUUUUGACUUAUUUACAGUAUCACCAGAAACUUGAGUUAUCAAAUUUUGCAUUAAAAAGUAGAGUUAAGUACUCCCUAUAUGUAGAGUAAUGCUUUGCUUGUUUAAAAAUCAGGUAAACAUUAAAUAUAAUAUAUGAGAAGGGUUUCUAAUAAGACUUUUAAAAUAUAGUUACAUGUAACUCUGAUAUUUAAGCAAAAUUACGCUCUUUUGGGGGGUUUUUAGCAUUUACUUCAUAAACAUGGUGCUCUGAAUUUGAGAAUUGACUGGUUUUUUCCUUUUCAUGAAAAAUAGUAUAUUGCCUUCCUUGUUCUGUAUCUCAGAAAUAUUUCAAUGACUAAUAACUAGGGUAAUUCUUAAUUUGGGCAGAUGAGCUGUCUUUUUUUUUUUUUUUUUAAGAAACGUAAUAUCAACCAACCUUUAAGAGAAGGUAGGUAUUUUGGCUACUCUGCUCUAUUGGACCAUAGUGUACCUCAAACUGCAGAUUUUUCUCUUCUGUUGUUUCUCCUACUGGUUCUUAAUAAAGCUAGUUUUGAUUCUUUCUUUCUCAAUAUAAAUGCUAUAGAUUUUUUUUUUUUUUUUUUUUGCCACCACUUGCUGUGACUUGGUGUGGGAUCUCAGUUGCCAGACCAGGUAUUGAACCCAGGCCAUGGUGAAAAUGCCAAAUCCUAGCUACUAGACCACCAGGGAACUCCCAGUGCUGUUAGAUUUAAACUGUUUUAGAAGAAAAGCACAUUCUAGUUCCUCAAGAAAUCUUUUGUACUAAAUAAAAGAUCACUUUUUCUUCCUUCUUCUAAUAGCAGCUUAUUAGGUAGUUACUACAAUCUCAUUGCAUUGCCAUGAAAUAUUCAUAAAAAGAGUUUAACUCAAGUUUUCAAAGCCUUUUUAAAGUCUCUAUUUCUUUUUACGUUUUUUAGAGCUAAUGACAUUUUGACCUCUCAGAAUAGUUAAGCAUUGUGAAACUGGCAGGGGAAGCAAGAAGGUAUAUAGACAUGGUUGGAAAGCAAUAUGCUGAAAUCUACUGGCUGAGAGAAAUAAUUGCAUUGUUGUCAUACACUUUGACUUACAAAGGGGAAAGUUACACAGUGGCCAGGAAUUGUACACAGUUUUAUGCUCCCUUUAUAGAUGUCUUCUGUAUUGCAAUGGAUAUUAUUUUUAAAAAGUAUUAGUCUAGAUAGUUUUUCUCUGCUAUGUAAUGUCCUUUGAGAAGAUAGUGGAAGAUUACCUUGAAUACAGUAUUCUUCUAUUUAUCUUUUGUAAUUUAAGUGUGAUAAACAAUUUAAAAAGAACCAAAUAAAGGAUUUUAGGCAUUUGUUCCUAAAUAGUUUAGGAAUAGUUUUCAAAUAAAAUAACUCAUCAGAAAUUUUUGAUCGGUAAGCAUUUAUACAGACCCAAGAUCAGGGUCCCUAUAUAUGCUUUUAGGUAAUUCUAAUUACCUCCAACCAACUUUAGUAACAUUAACAAAAAUGAAAAUAAUUUUGAUAAAAUAUACAGUUGAAUUUUUAAAUUAUGUAUUUUUUUUUCUUUCAUUAUUAAGAAAUUAGAGCCAUUGGCAAACGAAAGUCUCCUGUUUCUGUUAAGAUGAGAUUUUUCUUUUGGUUAGGUAAAAACUUAGUAGCUUUUAUAAUGUGAAGAAAUAUGUACUCAAGGUGGCUUGGUUUUUGUUCCAGUGUUGGUUGCAGUGUAUUUUGUUAUUUUUAUUUUUAAAUUUUUUGGCUGCACCCACAGCGUGUGGAAGUUUCAAACCUGCACCACAGCAGCAACUUGAGCAGCUGCGGUGACAGGCGUAGAUCCUUAACCUACUGAGCCACAAGAGAACUCCAGUUGCAGUGUAUUUAGUCUUGUAAAGGGAAGUCUUCAUUGACAUGGUUUUUUGUUUUUUUCAGUUUUUUUUUUGUUUUUCUAGUAAACAAAUCAAGAGGAUUUUUUCUUUUUUUUUUAAUUUGGCUUCUUUGCUUUGCCUGAGUUUUUGCUGUUCUUAAGUGAGUUCGUUGUAACAUAUGACUUCAAACAUGAUUCCAUACUCAGAACUGAGAUACAGGUUAAUUCAUUUGAUCUCUAAAGACUAUAUAAAAUUUUAAGCCAAUUUAGGUGAAGUUGGGAAAGGGAUUCUGGAAUUUAGUAAUCAAAUCACUUUAAAGGAAAAUGACCAAACUUAAUGUCUGUUGAAAUGACUAUGUGAAUGAACACGCACGCGCAUGCACACACACACACAUAUUUCUUCUGUAGCCAUGACCUGUACACAUAUCUAGGGGAGUUCCCGAUGUAGCACAGUGGGUUAAGAAUCCUACUGCAGCAGCUCUGGUUGCUUUGGAAAUGCAGGUUCUAUUUCUGGCCCAGCCCAGUGGGUUAAAGGAUCUGGUGUUGUCACUGCAGUGUCUUGGGUCAUUGCUGUGGCAUGGGUUCAGUCUCUGGCUCCAGAACUUUUGCAUGCUGUGGGUGUGGCAAAAAAAAUAGUAACAACUGGGAAUAAAAUAUUUGAAAUUGUGAAUAUUAUUUAGGAAGUAUUAGCAAUUAACUUAUUAAAGAAAAUUUUUUACUAUUGUGUUCAUGAACUUGCUUUAUAAUUGGACUACCUUUUUUUCCCUCCAAAAAUUUUUUUUGUUUGUUUUGCCUUUUUCUAGGGUCGCUCCCAUGGCCUAUGGAGGUUCCCAGGCAAGGGGUCUAAUCGAGCUGUAGCCGCUGGCCUACGCUAGAGCCACAGCAACACAGGAUCUGAGCCAUGUCUUCAACCUACGCCACAGCUCACAGCAAUGCCGGAUCCUUAACCCACUGAGCAAGGCCAGGGAUCGAACCUGCAAUCUCAUGAUUCCCAGUCGGAUUCAUUAACCACUGAGCUAUGACGGGAAUUCCUUUUUUUAAAAAAUAUUUUAAAAAACUUCUAUGGCCACACCUGCAGCACUUGGCAGUUCUCUGGCCAGGGACUGAAUCUGAGCUAUUGCAGUCAGAUUCUUAACCCACUGUGACACAGCAGGAACUCCCAAAGGUCUUACUUAAGUUGUCCCUAAAUUUUUAAAGCCAGUACAGUUAUUAAGGGCUAACAUUUGUUUUUAAGUUUUUAGGGGGGAGGGGGGAGCAGAAAUAAUUCUAAUCACUCCUGUAAAUCCACAUAUUUAGCAUUUAGCUAAGGUUUAUCUGUCACAUUAUAUCAAAUAACUGUUAUACAAACUUUUAUUUUUUCAUUUUACUUUAUUGAUUCAGAUGCUAGUGCAGACCUUAAAAAAAAUAGUUACAUAUAUAUGAAAAAAAGUGUAUGUGUAUUCACAUAUACACACAUACAUGCAUACUUCUAAGAUAAAGUAAUAGCUCAGUUCACUGAGACAUCUAUCUCUGCAAUAGGCAGUAAAGAUGCUUUUAUACUCUGUCACUUGGAGUUUUUAGUUAAAAUGCAGAACAACAAUUGAUGCUAUUUGAAACAUUUAAAAACUUAAGAGGGGAAUUUUGUAUUUAUGGAUUUUUAUGUUUCCUUUGAAUCAUCUCAUUAUUACAGUCUUAAAAGAAUUGAUUUCUUAUUUUCUGAAUUUCUGUUCUUUUAAUCUUUUUUUUUUUCUUCUUUUCAUCCUGACAGGAAAAAAUGUGAGAAUUCUCAGAACUAUAUUAAGUUUCCCUUUCCACACAUGGAGACUUAUGCAAAAAUGCCAUUACCACUUGUGGUAGUUACAAUCUUAGAAUCCAUCACAGAAAGCCCAAAAGAUAGCCCAACCUUUUGUACCUAUAGUUUUAGAUAUUGUUAGGUAGCCAUUCAGUUUUCUUUACAUUGUGUGUGAGAUGAAUAUUUCUUGAGACUUUUUUGUUUGCUUUACUAAAGAAAUCAAGGAAAGGAAGAAAAAAAAAAAAAAAACACCAAAACAAAACAAACAAAAAACACCCUGUAACUCAUGUGAAGCAUGCAGGGUGUUGUAAUUUCAGUUUGCAAAGCAGUGUGAUACAAUGUUGCUGAGCCAAAAGCAUACCAUAGAUUUAAUGUAGCCAAUUGUGUACUUUUGAAAAAAAGAGUAACUGUUCCCUGUGAGUUAAUUUUGGAUUUUUUCAAAAUCUCUCUUUUAGGCUUUGUGCCGGAUUCUUCCAGACAAAUGCGUAUUCCAUGUGGGCCACUGUUCUGCUAAAUGCUCUCAGUUCUCCUUUUGCAAUCAAGAUUAUGUUGCUAAGGAGAUUUUGCUUUUAUUGGUGCCAUUGAUUUGUGUUAAUACGUUUUGAAUACCUCUCCGUAUUCUUCCGUAGACAAGGCCAAAAGAAAAACUUCCCCGAGUUUCCCAAUUUACAUUACAAAUGGAGCGGUGGUGUAAUGAAGCCGAUAUAAAGUGGGCAGUUGAAAGGGAACUAAAGAAGGGCACUCAAGUGAGAAAUGAAGAAAUGUGCCGAGUGUAGUCUAUGGGCUGCCUUCGGUCCAGCUGCAGGAACUGGCUCUGGCCAGAGGUAGAGUGAGUGAGCACCUCCCUUUACAAAGACCACCCACUUUUUGGAGCUCAGGCUGGCAUACUAUAGAUUACCUCAUUGACGAAUAUAGGGCCAUUAAAAAAAUUAGAAAUUCCUCUUCCCACUCACACCUAAAUCUCUUUUAAAUCAUUCCUUGAGCAUGACCGAGUCUAGACUUUGUAUAACUUAUGACCUUAAGUUGUCCAUUAAAGGAAGCCCUAUGGAUGAUUAUGAGGAUUAGGAUAUUCAGAUACUGUCUCUCAGUGAGAAGGAUGUUAACUGGAUUAAGUUGAAGGUUUUAGUUAUAUACUCCUUACUUUGUAUCAUAUUUUAGACUCCAAAGACCGUCCUCUUGCUAAAAAACCUCAUAUGUUCUGCUGUGAAUGGAAGGAGAAUCCUACUUGGCAUGUCUUGAAUCGGUGAUUUACUUACAUUAGAGUAUCCAAAAGUGCUAAAGAAUACCUGCUUUAGGAGUUCCCGUCGUGGCGCAGUGGUUAACGAAUCCGACUAGGAACCAUGAGGUUGCGGGUUCGGUCCCUGCCCUUGCUCAGUGGGUUAACGAUCCGGCGUUGCCGUGAGCUGUGGUGUAGGUUGCAGACGCGGCUCGGAUCCUGCGUUGCUGUGGCUCUGGCGUAGCUGGCGGCUACAGCUCCGAUUCAACCCCUAGCCUGGGAACCUCCAUAUGCUGCGGGAGUGGCCCAAAGAAAUAGCAAAAAAAAAAAAAAAAGAAUACCUGCUUUAUGGCACAGCCAUACCCCUUUAGUGGGCUACAUUGUUCAGUCAGGCUGGUGUUAACCUUUAUGCUUUUGUUUGUUUUUUUAAUCAAAGCAUAAAUACUGCAUUGGUAGAGCCUGAAGAAUUUUUAGUCACUUUAAUAGAAAUGUCAAAAAUGAUAUAUUAAAAAUUAUGAAAAAAAUUUCUGCACUUAUCUGAGGAAAUAAGCAUCUCAAGUGUUAAAAGAACAAGCCUGCAUUAUUUAGAGAUGAAAAUGAUUCUUUCUGUCAAAAUAACUUAUUAAUUACUCAGCAAAAGAAAGUCUAAAUUAUCAUUCCUUUAAUGUUGUAUGAUCUGGGCAAGAAGCAUAAAUUGCAGAGGCAUUCCCUUAUCAUAGGGAAAUAAAAACAUAAAACAUAAAAACAUCUGAAAAGAAAAUCUAUCAUUCCUAUAUUUAGUGUCUCAGAGUUUUUCCCCCAAAAGAUGCUUGUCAAAUACUGUGCUUCAUGGUUAAAAUCCCAGUUUCCAGACUAAAUGUGGUAAGAAAUAUGUCUUAUAUCCCAAAAUCUUGGUGUACUUGUACUUCUGGGGUUUUAUUUCCCUGUAAUUUUUUAAAGCUUUUAAAAGUUCUUAACUACAGCUCAAAGACUAAAGUCAAAACAUACAGGUAGGCAUUUAUAUUUCAGCUUGGUAUUUUGGAGGUGUGUUUGUCAAUGAUUUCUAUAUUAAUAAUAUAAUUCUUUCAUGCUAUAAUGUUAAAUUUAAAAAUUGUAUUAUAGGUAAAAGGUAAUAUAACAUCAAACAAAUAUUUUUGUACUCUAUAUUGAGAGCUUUUUUUUUUUUUUCCAAAUUGGAAUUAAUCUAUUGAAACCUAAGAGGUAGGCAAAUGUCUUCUGUUGAUGUACAUAAAAAUAGGCAAUAAGUUUGAUGCUCAUGAGCAUCAGACCUCUAACAAAAGCUAAUUAAACUGUUUUCCAAAGAUAGGUAAAAUUUAUCAGAGGUAUUUAAGAUUUAUAAACUCUGAAAAGCCAGCUCUUCCUAGUCUUCUGUUUGUAACUUACUCUACCUACUGCAAGGUAUUUUUGUAAGAGAAUGCCAGUGUAAGAAAUCAACCAUUCUUCCCAGAUGGUCUGAUCAGUAUUUCUUUUAUCUACUGCUGAGAGAAAAGAUGAGUUAGGUAAUCUAUAAAUAUAUAGUCUGCAUUUAAAUACUGUCAAAACCAUCAAUAAUUAGGCUGUACCAGGAAACAGAGCUUUGCAGAAAGUAUGUGUGUAGGAAAGCACUAUCUUUUCCUGUUCUGCCAGCACUAGUCUUGCUCUUUAGCCAUAUAGCACAAGGCCAUUUUUAAAAAAGACUCUCAGAGCCGGAAGAAACCCCAGUGCCUAGUGGGGCCGUGCCUUGAAGUCACCUUGGCAGCUUUUGCUUUUGUUUUUUCAAAUGCACUUGACUGUGCCCCCCUCCCCAGUUGUAAUUGGAAGGGGAACAUAUAUAUAUGUAGAAAGAUUUUUCUCAAUUAUAAUGUCAUCCCUCCCACCUCUAACCUUAUAAUGACCUAAGGAGUUUCUCGUUUAUUUAUGCUCAUAUUGUUAGUGACAGAGUCAUGUGAGGUCUUUUUUGCAGUAAAUACUAUAAGUAGAAUCUUCUGUUUUACAUACUUAGCUAUUAAAAAAAAAAAUCCUAAAACUAUCAUUUGAAAUCCAGAAAGCAUUAUGAAAAUCGAUUCUUUGCAACUGAAAGAUUAUCCCCUGUGCCUAGAGUAUCUAAAGGUAAAAAAAUUUGCAAAAUUGCUUAUCUCCCUAAGUGAAGAAAUUCUAGCUCUAUCUGCUGCCCAACCUGAGAACUGUGACUUAAACAUUUAAUUAUUUAUUGUUGGUCCGUGUGAAAACAUUUAGAAUGGCUGGCAGCCUACCAGACCCUGAGUUAAACAUUCUACAGCCUGACUAGACUGCUGGGUAGCCAACUUCACAUCAGAUUAAACACAUUCUCUUCAUGAUGAAUAGCUUGGAACCCAAAAACUUGAUUUUGUUACCAAAAAAAAAAAAAAAAA